CCUGGGGGCACCCACUGGCAGGAAUUGAGGGAGGGGACACCCCGGGGGUCUGUCUCCCCUCUUUUCUGGCCUGGAAGCGAAGAAUGACGGGCGCUUGGCUGCACCUGCUUUGGGUGCUCUUCAGACUGGGAUCAAUGGAAUCUCCCAGCUACCUUUAUUCUGAGGUGACGGUGCCUACUUUGCUGGAACAGCCCCACGGUGCCUACAGUAAGAAAGAAAUAUCUUAUCUGAUGAAAAUUGAAGGGGUUCACAGGAUUCUUCACCUUUAUCAGAAGUCCUUUGUGAUUCAGAAUAUGCCUAUUUACUAUCUGGAUUUAAAAGGAAGGAGAACGAUCCAGCAUCCUAAACCAAGAAUUGACUGCUAUUACAGUGGCUACGUGGAAGAUCUUCCCAGUUCAGACGUGGUCAUCUCCACCUGCAACGGUCUUUGGGGUUACGUACAGAUCGGGAACCUGACCUACCAAAUCCAGCCGAUCGACAACUUCAGCGGGUUCAAGCACCUCCUCUAUCGCAAGGCUCCGGAGCCGAAUCCUCCGUGCCGAGGGGUGGUGGUGGUGGAAGAGAUGGGCCUGGGGGCCAGGCCGACAACGGUCCACGCACCGGAGCCGAAGGACGCCGUACCACAUUUCCCGGGGAAGAACACGCCAUCGAGAUACCUGGAAUACUUUGCCGUUUGUGACCAUUCUGUGUUCCAGUGGGCCAAGCAGAAUGUCACUCAAGAGAUGCUGAUGGUGCUUCAGAUUCUCUCGGUGGUUCACCAUGUGUACAGCGACAUCGGCCUCCACAUAGUCCUGACAGGCAUGGAGGUGUGGACCGUAAAGGACCCCCUGCCCCUCAGCAAACUGUUCGGGGAAAGGGUGCUAGCCUUCCAGCACUACGCCAAUUCUGAGCUUCAGCGCCAGACCCACUUUGACCACGCCACGUUAUUCACGAAUGUGGCUCAAGACGACCUGUUCGCAAAGACGUGGAAGUCGCCCGAGUGUCUUCAGAAACAGGUCUCCGUUUCUGUGGUCAAAAUUUCUCCGUCUGCCACGGACGUCGGGGUCUCCGCUGCGCACCAGCUGGGCCACGCCCUUGGCUUCGCCCACGAUGACUUCCCACGGGCGGACGGGCGGCCCUGUGGAUGCAACGCCACCACCCAAGCCGGCCACUGCCUCAUGCAUGCGGCCACGGCAAAACGCUACGCGCUGAGCAACUGCAGCAAAGAGACCUACUUCGCGUUCCUGCAGGGCCCAGGGAGGGACUGCUUCCUCAAUUUGCCCAAAGAUGUCACACCGAAAAAGACGUGCGGCAACGGCAUUGUGGAGGAUGGAGAGCAGUGCGACUGUGGCACGGAUGAGGAAUGCAUAAUCAACGGCUGCUGUCAGGAGGACUGCCAAAUGAAACCCGGUGCCAGCUGUCUUCAGGGAUCCUGUUGUGAGGAGUGCAAGUUGCUAACCGAAGGGACAGUGUGCCGGGCAGCCGUCUCUGAUUGUGAUCUGGAUGAAUACUGUUCGGGGACCUCGGAAACCUGCCCCCCGGAUGUCUUCAAGCAAAACGGGAUGCCCUGCGGCCUCGACAGCACCUGCUAUUCGGGCGUCUGCCUGGACAUCCGUCAGCACUGCCAGACGUUCUUCGGCAAAGCUGCAAAGCCUGCUCCAUUCAGUUGCUACAAGGAGGUGAAUUUGCAAGGCGACCGGACGGGUAACUGCGGCCAGGAUAGAUCCGGAUACAAAAAAUGCCGAGAAAAAGAUGCGUCUUGCGGAAGGCUCCAGUGCACUAACGUCCAUAAAAUUCCCAGAAUUCCCCCGGGCUUCUCCAUCCUCCAGACGCCCGUCGAAGAAGGGCUGUGCUGGAGUAUCAUCUCUCCCCAGCGGGAUGAUGGGAACGAUGACGGAGCAGCGAAAGAGGGCUCUUCCUGUGGUCCCCGCAAGAUAUGCAUAAACCGAUCGUGUGAAGAGAUGAAAGUUUUGAAUUACGAUUGCGAUGUUUCCAAGUGUAACAACCAGGGGGUCUGCAACAGCAAAACCAACUGCCACUGCAGCUACGGAUGGGCCCCCCCUCACUGCAGCGGCCGCGGUUUCGGGGGAAGUGUCGACAGCGGCCCGGCUCCUGAGCGCGUCAAAUCAAAAAAAACCUUGAUGCUGGGUUCGAUUAUCGGAGUGGCAUUGCUUCUUCUGGCCCUCACGGCGAUGCUGAAGAAGUUCCUACCCAUGUGCAGCGCGGCUUGGAGGACCGAGCAUCUCUUGUUGCUUCAUCCAUUUCAGAUGGACUGGAGAAAGAUGGUCCUGCCUCACAAACUGGUGAUCGAAGGGAUUAGAUACGGAGGAUUGCUCAGGCAAAAAGUCUCUCCAGAACCCAUGGAUUCGGCUUUUGAAAGCACCGGAUCAGUAGCAGAAUCGAUGGAGUCCACGGAAGCGUCGGCAGGGAAAGAUCCGAUCCCGCAUCGGAUCUGAAUUGGGAUCGUUUGGUUUGUUGGAUGAUUCUGCCCCCCCCCCUCCCAGCCCUUUACACCUUGACGGACAGUGUCCCUUUUCACUUGGGGCUUCUCAACCGUGAAUUGAUCCGGAACUCCAGAAAGAAAACCUGUAUAAAAUAUUAGCCACGAAUGCCGUCCGAAUGUCGGUUGCUUUUUUUCACGCCCCCCACCCCCUUCAUUUCCCGGGGGGGGGGGAAACUAAAGACCAAGUAAGAUACUUUCCAGCCCCAGAUGUUGGGGGGAACUGGAAGGAAUUGCUUAGAUUAGAUAAGCCAGAGGGUUGACUCUGGGCCAAUCACCAGGAGAUGAUGAGUUCUAGUCCUAUCUUAGGCACAAGAGCCGGUUGGGUGACUUUGGCCCGAUCACCAGGAGACGGUGAGUUCUAGUCUCACCUUA